CCUUCAAAUUUAGUUUGGUUAGGAUUUUUUGUUUAUAUUCAGUUACGAAAUUUGAAAUUGUUACCAGUUACCAAGGUAUGUUACAAGUAUAAUAAAUGAUACGACAUUGGAAUUGUUAUGGUAAUUAGCAUUUUUUUAUCUAAAAUUAGAUAUUCAAUUCUAAAAAAAAGUAUUUUUAAACCUUGUCAAGUUCAAUCCAGAUAUCAGUAUGUCAAGAAAAUGUUAUCUGGUACAUCUAGCUAAUAAGAUAAGAAUUAAUUUACCGCAUGGUGAGCUAACAACAGUGGGGCGCAGUGUAGAAACCAAAGUAGAUGAUGUUUAUGUUUCAAAAGAACAAAUUGAAUGUAUAGCGGAUACAGAUUCAUGUACAGUAAAAGUAAAGCCAGUCGGAAAGUCUAUUUGUGGUGUGGAUGGAUAUGCUGUAGUCAAAGAUAAGACAUACACCUUGGGACCUGGUCAUGUUAUAGAAUUCCGUUUGGGGUUUCAUCCAUUCGAAGUUGUUUUUGAGUAUCUAGAAGAAAAACUGGAACAAACCGCUAAGAGACCAAAGUUAGAAGUUAUGUACGCUGAGCCAAACAAUAGUGCCUUUUUUAAUGGAGCAGGUAAAUGGGAAGAUAUUGACCAAAGAGAAUUACUGAUUUAUACCCCAGACAACAUUCAGAGUCAAAACAAAAUAGCAGCAUUUGAUAUAGAUGGCACAAUUAUUAAAACACAAUCAGGUGCAAGAUUUCCUAAAGACUUCGAUGAUUGGGCCAUGCUUUUUAGUGAUAUUCCUUCAAAAUUACAGAAAUUGUACAAUGACAAUUUUAAAAUUGUGUUUUUCACCAAUCAGUCAGGUAUUGGGAAAGAUCCAUCUAAAGUAAAGGGAUUCAAAAGAAAAAUUGAAAAUAUUUUAAAGAAAAUCGCCUUACCCAUCCAAGUCUACAUUGCUCUGGGGAGAUCCAAAUAUAGAAAACCUAUAACAGGAAUGUGGGACCUUUUAAAAACCCAAAAGAACGAUAACGUUAAAAUUAAUAUGAAUCAAUCUUUUUAUGUUGGGGAUGCUGCAGGAAGAGAAAAAAAUUGGGCCCCAAAAAAACCAAAAGAUCAUUCUUCUGCUGAUCGUCUAUUCGCAUUAAAUAUUGGAAUAAAGUUUUAUACUCCUGAAGAAUAUUUCAUGAAAAGUAGAGCUAUGCCAUUUACAAUGCCGGAAUUUGAUCCUAGAAAAACAGUUACCGAAACUCUUCCUACCAUCAACUACGAUACCCCAAACUUAAUUGUUAUGGUAGGUGGCCCAGGUUCAGGUAAAAGUCAGUUUUGUAAAUCUCACAUAGUACCCAAAAACUAUGUCCACGUUAAUAGAGAUACUCUAGGUUCAUGGCAAAAGUGUGUUAAACUAGUCGAGGAAUCUCUUCAAAAGAAGAAAAACUGUGUUGUUGAUAAUACAAAUGUUGAUAAAGAAUCAAGACAAAGAUAUAUAGAAGUUGCUAAAAAAUUUGGAGUGCCUUGUAGAUGUUUCGUCAUGAACACAACCUUUGAACAAUCCAAGCAUAAUAAUAGAUUUAGGGAGUUAACUGAUAAAUCUCAUCUAAUGGUCAGUGAAAUUAUUAUUAAUAAUCUGAGAAAAAAUUAUCAAAAACCUGUAAAAGAAGAAGGAUUUGAUGAAAUUGUUGAAGUUCCAUUUGUUCCACAAUUUAACAGUAGUGAAAAUGAAAAAUUGUAUAAAAUGUUUCUAUUAGAAAAGUAAAAAUAAUUGAAUUUUUUUAA